AUGACCACUGCCUUCGAUAAUAUACCUGAUUUAUCAUUGAUCGAAAUAUUGUCUUAUCUAUCUUGUACUGAUGCUCUAUGGGCAUUCAGUAAUAUCAAUGCUCGUAUGACAACAUUGUUAAUUGAAUUAGGUUUUUAUCGUCAUGCUAAUUUAUCAUCUACUCGAUAUUAUCAAUUUAAAGCAUUUUUACCAAUACUUCGAUUAAAUGAAAUAGAGUCACUUGCCAUUGAUUGCUAUGCAUCAUCUAUUCAAUUGAACAAAUGGCCUUAUUUACCACAACUAAUAACAUUACGAUUGAAGGGUGUACGCAACCUUGUUGAUGUUUACAAUUUUGCACAAAAACAUGCAAAAACAUUGAUGCAUCUUACAGUUGAAUCAAGCGAUGAUUAUCAGACAGUAAGUGUAGUCUGA